GAGCGCGCGAUCCACGAGAGAGUGUGAUGAAACCGUCUGCUAGGAAGGAAAAUUGGAACAGCUGUUACUGAAAAAUGUGAAAAGCCCGACCGUGUCCGUUUAGGAGGCCGUCCAGCUAUUUGCACUCCUUUGAGCAAGGCUUAAGCUCUCUAAGCUCCGUGUUAAUGAAGUCUAUCUCAGGAACGCACGAAGCUAACUUGAACGGUGUGGCCUGUGAUAUGGCUGAGAAGCUUGGCCUCAGACCCGGGGUCCGGGAGCUCAAACUCGGGCCAACGUUCACCAGCGACAAGUCCACGGCUUUUCACACCUUGAAAUAUGAUUUCAAACCAGCGAGUGUGGAUGUAUCAAAAAUGGCAACGGUCGACGUUGGAACCAAUAACACAAUGACAGUAACGGUGCCGCAUUUAGACGGUGCUGGUAUUCCACACACAGUAUUUAAAGGUUCUCAAAGACCGUAUCACAAGGAAUGUGUUCUUAUAAUCGAUAGAAAUACAGGAGAAAUCACUUUGGAAAGGUUAUCUUCGAAUAUACAAGUUAAAAAGACGAGGUCAGAGACGAAAUCCCAACCUUUUUUAUCGAUUCCUAAUUCAAAUCCUGGAAUCAGACCUAUCACUCCCAUUGAAACGAGAAGAAGUCCAACCGACGGAAGAACAAAGAGUAGAACUAAAGUAACUAGUGGAAAGAAAAGGGAGCCCAGUCAUCAAUUACGUCCUAAGCAUAGCCCUCCACGUGCCUCUUAUCAUGGAAAAAGCCCUCCAACUACGAAUUUACCUACCAGUACUAGUUCUUCGGCCAUGCCUUCUUUAAUGCAGUCAACAUUGGCGAGCCUUCCCAUGAUAAGCGAACACGACGAUUUUAAUCUUUCGUCACCUCCAGCUCAUUCUACCGUAUCUACAUCUACAUCACAUUCGACAGCCCCUCCAAGAACUAUUUCCCCAGCUGUGAUUGAGAAAUCAUUCGUUAAAACUCCUAUUUUAGAUAAUGACGUGGGGAUUCUAAGUGAUUCCAGUACUAGUGGUUCAAGUUCUGAUAGUUCUGAUAGCGAAUCGGAACCAGAAAAAACGAUACAACUUCCGAAAAUUAAUGGACAUGCGACAAAUGGUACGACAAUGUCUCCAUCGUUAUCUAUGCCAGACAACUUAUUAAAUGAAGAUUUACAACUCUCAGAAUCGGAGUCGGAUAGUGAUUAAUAAAUUGAUACACAUUCCGAAAGACUUGUAAAAAGGAUGCCAAGUUUUAGUUUAAACUUAAACAAUAUUAUAAUUUGUUCCGUAAAUUAACGUAAUUUCUUUGCAAAUGUCUUUCAUAAUGGAGUAUCUGCUUUUUGCGCAACAUUACCGAACGAAAGUAGAUCGUUCGAAAAUGUUAUUUUCUAUAGUACUCGUAUAGUGAUAUUUCAUUUUGUUUUGUCUGGAUCACUUUAUGUGUUGUCGAGACGACGUGAUGUAAGCCAUAACGCUUUCUUUUAUAAUCUCAUGAAAAUAUAUAUACAAAGAACUAAUUGAUUAUAAAGGAAAAAGGUGAAAAAUGAGAAGAACAUAUGAGAUCUUUUCAAACUGCACGAUAUGUACUUUAGUUUUUAUUGCAAUAAUGAAUGAACGACAGCUUGUUUCUUCCUUGUUAAAUAAGGGUGUCGUGAUAAGGAAACAAUUGGCGAAUAUGCCAGAAAGUGUAUAGGGUAAUAGGGCUUUUAUAAUGAUUAAUUGUUAUUUUAAAUUCAUAUGCUACGUUCUUGAGUGAGCCGAGCCUUUAAAACGAGAGAUAAAGGUUUAGCCAUUUUGUCAUGUUCAUAUUUCGUUUGCUGGGUACUUGUUUAAAAUAGUUUAACCCAAAAAAAAAAAAAUCUGAAAAAGUAUUUUUAUACACUUUA